GGGACCGAGUGACGCUCACGGAAGCGCUCCGCGGACCUCGCGAGGCGCGGGGCGGCGGCAGCCACGGCCCCGGGACGGCGGGAGCGCAGGGCCCGGCGUGGCCGCCCAUGAGUCGGGGAACCAUGCCUCAGCCCGCAGCGUGGCCCGGAGCGAGCUGCGCCGAGACGCCGGCGCGCGAGGCCGGGGCCGCGGCGCGGGAGGGCGGGAAGGUGACGACCGGCGCGCAGCCCCGGGCCGCGAUGCGGUGCCCGGCCGAGCACGAGGAGGACAUGUACCGUGCUGCAGAUGAAAUAGAAAAGGAGAAAGAAUUGCUAAUACAUGAAAGAGGGAUAUCAGAACCCAGGCUAAGUGUGGCUCCUGAAAUGGAUAUUAUGGACUACUGCAAAAAAGAAUGGAGGGGGAAUACUCAGAAAGCCACAUGUAUGAAAAAGGGCUAUGAGGAAGUUUCUCAGAAAUUCACAUCUAUAAGGCGAGUACGUGGUGAUAAUUACUGUGCGCUGAGGGCCACACUGUUCCAGGCCAUGAGCCAGCUGGCAGAGCUGCCCCUCUGGCUGCAGGACCCGGAGCUCAUGCUGUUACCAGAGAAGCUGAUGAACAAGCACAGCUGGAUCAAGCAGUGGAGACUCGGACUGAAGUUUGAUGGGAAGAAUGAGGACCUGGCUGAGAGAAUCAAGCAGUCUCUUGCCCUGCUGAGGAAGAAGUGGGCGAGCCUGGCCGACAUGAAGACUGCUGAAGCCAGGCAGCUAGCGUGUGAUGAACUGUUCACGAAUGAAGAAGAGGAGUACAGCCUCUAUGAAGCUGUCAAAUUCCUAAUGUUAAACAGAGCCAUCGAACUCUACGAUGAUAAAGAGAAGGGAAAGGAAGUCCCUUUUUUUUCUGUGCUCCUGUUUGCUCGAGACACAUCAAAUGACCCUGGACAACUGCUAAGGAACCACCUAAACCAGGUGGGACACACUGGUGGCCUUGAACAGGUUGAAAUGUUUCUUCUUGCCUAUGCUGUUCGCCACACCAUCCAGGUGUACCGGCUGUCCAAGUAUAACACCGAGGAGUUCAUCACAGUCUAUCCUACUGACCCCCCCAAGGACUGGCCAAGGGUGACCCUCAUAGCUGAGGACGAUCGGCACUAUAACAUCCCUGUCAGAGUGUGUGAGGAGACAAGUCUAUGAGAGACACGCAGGUGGACAGCCAUGUGAUACAGCACAGGUGCACGCACGGCUCCUCCUCUGAGGGCCUCAGGUCUGCAGCUCUCCCAAGAACUAUCUGGGAGAACUCUUGGGCCCCUGGAGCCAAGUUGAACUGUGAUGUUCUGAAGACUAGCUGUUGGAAUGAGAACUAGCCAAGUCUUCACUCAUUGUUCUGUCUGUUCCACGAUGUGGUUCACUGGGGGCUUCAGCACGUGCCUUUGGAAAUACAAACUGUGUCUCCAUAAGGCAGAUGCUUUUGUGUCAGAGGAAACUGUUUGGAAAGGAGUAUGUCCAAUGAAAGUUCUGACGGUAAACUGGCUGUACUUUUUAAGACAGUAGUUUUGUUUUUGAUUUUUAUUCUUUUUUAGGGGGUGGUGUGAUGGGUCUCAUUAGUGGUCUUCCUGUGAGAUAUGCUUAAGUGGUAAUAUCCUGGAAUGGAUAGUUACAGUAUCUUUUGACAGCUUUGCCUGCUUUUGGAGGGAUGGGCAGUGAAUUUAUAUGCCAGUUAAUAUUUUUUUAAGUAGAUAGACUCUUAGAAGAUUAAGAAUUGGGUCCCAGAAUAGAUUUUUUGAAGCCUGGAAGAAAUACAGGAAAGAAUGGGGGGAAGUCUAGACAUUGGUUUCUGAGGCUUGGUGCCCUGGCAUUGAGAGAUCCUGUUGGUAUAUGUGCUAUAGUGUUGAGGUUGUGGAUUAUUAUAAGUUCCAAUGAUUAUGAUUCUGCAUUUAUAUCCACCUGUUUAUAGAGGUGGAUAUCAAAACUGUCACUUAAGUUGAUGUGGGGCUGAGCUGGCUGCUGGUCCUACUUUGCCCCUUUCAUGAAGAUCUCACAAACUACCAAACCCAUGUAACUCAUCCUGUGACAAGAUGAGAGAGAGCCAACUAUCUGGGAUGUCAGAUGGGCAAGUCAAAGCAGAAGCAUGUGGUAAGCAAUGCAGAAGUACAUUGGAGCUGCUUGGGCAGCUAGGAGGCAGCAGCCAUGUUGGCUAUGAUAGGUCUGUGUGUGGGCCACAAGCUGUGGUCCUGACUGGGGAAGGGUGAUUGGGAGAGGUGCUCAGCAUGGGUUUCUUCGAGGCCUUUGUUUCCCUCGAGGGCUAUAGCGCUUGGUCUCUGUUCUUGGGGACUAGACACACCCCUCUUUAGGGUUCCCUCUGGAGCACCCAAAUUGGCUCAACAUUUGUUGGUGGUGUUAUCAGGGUGUGUUGAACUUAUUUUAUGAUAGUUAAGACCCUUAAUUUGAUCCAGUUUCAUAUAGAUAAUAAACAACUUGUUUUGGGAGGCAGGACAACCCUUUAGAAUAUAAAUUAUCAUUUCAUUAAAAAUUAAAUCUUAAAAAAAUACUGUCUUAGGUAAGAAAACUCAGGAUAUACAAACCAAUCAGACUAUUGAUGUAGUAUUUCUUCCAUUGCCUCAUGAGUAAAAUCACCACAUUUUGUUAACUGUUUAUUGAUUAGAAUGCUAGCAUCAAAUGCCAUUCUGAAUGUAUGUGACUGUGUUGGGAAGACUCUGUGUUUUGACUGUGAAAUGUGGUGGUACCCUUGGGUGAGGAGGCACCUAGCAGCCAAGUUAAAAUAAUAAUGGCUUACUGUUGACUUUGACACUUUAUUUUAUUGUUUGUAAUUAAAUAGUAGGAAAUGCCUGCCAUUUAUGUUUGAAUAGUUUUGAAAGCAGAACUUGAAAUGUUUAGAUAAUUCCCAGUGUGAGUGAUCUGUGCCCUUUGGGUACCUUUAAGCUGUCCAUUGGGCUGACAUCACUAUAGAAUUUUAGUAAUGCUCUUGGUAACAGUCAUGCUUAUCUACAUUUUAAAGACAAUUCGAAUCUAAUAAGUGAGCUUGAACUGGACUUCUUGGAACAUCUUUAUAUGUAGUAGUUCUUUCUUAUUCUUGUGUGUGACAUUGUUAGAUACAGUUUCCCUGUAUUAUGUCCCAUAAAGUUAAUAUUGCGUUUUCAGAAUAUUUUCAAAUUUUCUCACUCACCUGCACUGGUUGUGGAUGUGCAACACCUGCUGGUUGACACAUGCAUGUGUCAUGAUGGAAGCAUUAGUACCUCUAACUUAGAGUUUGAUCUGAGAUAGUUGCAUUUCCUCCUAUAUGUGUAAGGAAAUACUCUACCUGCACAGAGAAGAAGCCAUUCUGUUUUCCUGUCUAGCCGCUGACACUUUGAUUAUACUACAGAAUAUUCAGGAAAUGUCUGAUGAGCUUUUUCUUGAAGGAAAACAGCAUUGUAUGUCGUUUUGUGUGUUUUUUUCCUUCCAGUUUUAGGACUUACUAAGUAAAAUCUCAUACCAUAUGGAUUGGAAGAACAUCUUUGUUUUUUCAUUUUGUUUUGUUAAUUUAGUUGAUUGAUUUUGACUUUUUGAGACAUAGUCAUCCCCCAGCUUUCACCUCUUGAGAGCUGUAAUUGUAGGUUUUGCCACCAUACUAGGCACAUUUGUGAGUUUUUAUGUGUUGAAGCUUUUUCCUUUUGAUUUCCAAAGUGGCUCUGUGUUACUCUUCCUGUCCCUUCUGCUCACCCACGUGUGCUCUUCACCUAAGAACCAAUAGUCUCGUUUUUGUGAAGGUCUUAUAGGUGUUUUUGAGGUGAUGUAGCACCAGUGAUGAACCUCAAAUGGUGAAUACUUGUGCAGGGCUGACAUACACUUUCCGCUCUGUCUUCUUUUGAUGUAAAAGUUUAGUUUUAUCAGUUUCCUAUCUUGUUUUCUUAAGCAUUACUUUGCAGGUAUUCCCUGUUGAAGGCUGGAACAUAUUUUUAGGAGCAUAAAUCUUGCUUGUAGGUGUACAUAAAAGUAGAUAGCUUUGCUGUAAGAUCUGUUGUUUCUUUAAAAUAAAAAAACAAAAAAAACAAAAAACAAAAAACAAAAAACAAUUACCACAGUAGAAAUAGAAAGCCUCUACUGUGUACUUUUCAUCUGAAAGAAACACCAGAUCCCCAGUUUGGCAAAGGCGGAGCACAAUGUCAAUUUACAGUUUUAGAAUGUCUAGAGAACUGUGAGAGGUAAGCUGAAGGAUGAACUGGCUUUAGAAUGCACUUUAAAAUGAUGUAUGUCUUAAUUUCUUUUCCUGUUGCUGUAAUAAAAAGCUGUGACAAGCAACUUAGGAGGAAAAGAUUUUAUUUUAGCUCACUGUUCAAGGAUCCAUCAUGGCAGAGAAGUCAGGUGGCAGGACCUUGAAAUAGCUAGUCACAUGACAUCUACAGCAGAAACACAAAGCAGUGAAUGCAUGCUGCUGCCUACUCCUUUCUCCGUUUAUACAGUCCAGGUUCCUAGCCAGGACAAGGUGCCACCACAGUGAAUGGAUUCUCUUACCUCAGUGAAAGCAGUCAAGGCCAUCUGCAGGCAAGCCCAAGAGGUCCAUCUCCCAUGGGAGUCUAGAUUCUGUUAGGUUGUCAGUUAACACUAGCUGCCACACUAUAUAAAAACAAAAGCAGCAGAUGCCCAACAGACUGUGCUUAAAUUAUAAGAGAGUAAAACUGAAUGCAUAUGAAGUUAAUGAAUAAUGACGAUAUAUUCUCUCAACUCCUGCCCCUCAAAUUUAAGUCCUUUCUUUCACAGUGUAAUAAAUAACACUUAACUAUUUUAGGAAACCUUGUAUUUCAUAUCUCAGAGAGAUGGGGGUCUGGCACUUAGCCAAGCAUCAGUUGAAUGGAUAUGAGUGAAGACAUUCAUGAGCCAUGAAAUCUUCAGAGCCAAUGGUUUAGGAUCUAGUUCUAUGCCCUCUGCUGGGUUUUCACAAGUCAAAAACACCUAAGUCAGUACAAGAAAAGGAUAUUGAGCUCAAAAUAUCCAAUCUUGGUCAUUAUUUUCCUAGUAACCAUGGGUGCUUGAGCCUUAAUUUGGAACCUCAAAAUAAAUCUUGUGAUUAUCUUUCAUUUAUCUCCUGGGAAUUGCCUUGAUCUGCAACAAAAUCAAUGGUGCUAAAAAUAUGGUAGUCCUUAUGAGAACACAGCAGCCACUGUAAUGCUGUGACUUCAGAGUAGCCAAGAUGAACUUAUAUAAGGAACUCCCUUUCAUUUCCAUUUGUCUAUGAAAGGGCUCUGGCUUUGUUACCUGAAUUUCAGCAGCUUGAGGAGGUUGGUAGACUAGUCUUAGAUUCUACCUGUGGGGAGGGUGUUUUUCUUCCCUGGGAAUCAUCAUGACAGGAGAUUCCUCUUAUGAACUUUGCUGUGCUCUUGUCUACUUGAUAGCGAAGUCUGCUCUUUGCACAUUGGCAUGGCAUUGCUGGUCAGAUGUUCACUGUCCUGAAAACCAUGCUCCCUAAGCUGUGGGCAGUUUGGGCUCUUGCUCUCUUACUUCUUACUUGUGAACUUAUCUCAGAUGCUGGGCACAUGGGGGUGAAAGUUUCCUGUCAUUUGCCUCUUGUCUUCACUGUUCAAGCUGAGCCUACUCUGGGUCUUUGCUUUUGAUCCCUUUAAUACACACAGAUGCCAAAGAUUGUGAAAACAACUAAAAAUAAACUUAGAAAACUCCAAAGCC